GGUGCCUCUUCUCCUCCCCAAGGUGACAUGGAGCAGCUGAAGUGACCCGAGGAGCCGUCGCAGCCGUGCCCAGGAUGGGCUGUGUGCACUGCAAAGAGAAAGGGUCCAGCAAAGGGCAGGUGGGGGGCGAGGUGGGGGGGGCCGCCUCACCCCCCACCUCCCAGUACGACCCCGACCCCACGCAGCCGGGCACCAUCUUCACCCGCAUCCCUGAUUUCAACAACUUCCACGGCACGGCAAUGCCCUCGACCCCAUCCUUCGUGGGGCCGGGGGUCUUCACCUCCAACACGCUGCAAAUGCGGAGCGGGGGCAUCACAGGCGGGGGUGUGACGCUCUUCAUCGCCCUGUACGACUACGAGGCCAGGACGGAGGACGACCUGACCUUCCAGAAAGGGGAGAAAUUCCACAUCAUCAACAACACGCCCAAGCUGGCCGACCUCUCGGUCAAAACCAAAGACGUGUGGGAGAUCCCCCGCGAGUCCCUCCAGCUCCUCAAGAAGUUGGGCAACGGGCAGUUCGGGGAAGUGUGGAUGGAGUGUAACGACGGGUUGUGCCAUCUGCUAACCCGGGCGUGCCCCACUAUGAAGCCCCAGACCCUGGGAUUAGCUAAGGAUGCCUGGGAGAUAGUGCGGGAAUCCAUCAGCCUCGACAAGAAACUCGGCAUGGGAUGUUUCGGAGACGUGUGGAUGGGCACCUGGAAUGGCACCACCAAGGUGGCAGUGAAGACGUUGAAGCCGGGCACCAUGUCCCCGGAGGCCUUCCUGGAGGAAGCCCAGAUCAUGAAGCGGCUGCGGCACGACAAGCUGGUGCAGCUCUACGCCGUGGUGUCCGAGGAGCCCAUCUACAUCGUCACUGAGUUCAUGAGCCAGGGCAGCUUGCUGGAUUUCCUCAAGGACGGGGAUGGCCGCUACCUGAAGCUGCCCCAGCUGGUGGACAUGGCUGCCCAGAUCGCAGCGGGGAUGGCCUACAUCGAGCGGAUGAACUACAUCCACCGGGAUCUCCGCGCUGCCAACAUCCUCGUGGGAGACAACCUGGUGUGCAAGAUCGCUGACUUCGGCCUCGCCCGCCUCAUCGAGGACAACGAGUACACGGCGCGCCAGGGUGCCAAGUUCCCCAUCAAGUGGACGGCCCCGGAGGCUGCACUUUUUGGGAAGUUCACCAUCAAAUCAGACGUCUGGUCCUUCGGAAUCCUCCUGACUGAGCUGGUGACCAAAGGCCGGGUGCCCUACCCAGGGAUGAACAACCGGGAGGUGCUGGAGCAGGUGGAACGGGGGUACCGCAUGCAGUGCCCGGGCAACUGUCCCCCGUCCCUGCACGAGGUGAUGGUGCAGUGCUGGAAGCGGGAGCCCGAGGAGCGCCCCACCUUCGAGUACCUCCAGUCCUUCCUCGAGGAUUAUUUCACCGCCACCGAGCCCCAGUACCAGCCGGGGGACAACCAGUGACCCAGCGCUGGCAUCCCCCAGCCGGGCUCUGGAGUGGCUUUUGGGCCAAUCUCCCUCUUUUUGCAGGGCGGUUGUGGCUCCCUUUGCCUGUGCCCCCCCCCC